AUGGCUAAUGCACAGCUCAGUAUUACGCGAAUGGCAACUGCGUCUUCAAACCAUCAAAGUGAGGGAUCUUCAAUAAAGAUUGAGCUUCGUCCUGAUUGGUUUAGCACAGAUUUCUUGGGUUUCGCUCUAUCUCUUGUUAUUGCAUUGAACACCAAAGAUGCUAAAUGGGAAAUGGAGUUUGGGUGCAGGUACAACUUCAAAACAAGUGAUGGUGAAGGCCAUGAAAUCAACCAUUCUCUUUGUAUAAUCCGUGUUCGCAUGGAAGCACUUUGGAAGAUUCCCAUGAGGUGCUUGUGUGGUGGUAUGGCAUCUUUGAAGUUGCAGAGGGUGCUCAAAGACCCACUGCGUUUUACAAACUUGUUACUGAGGCCUCUUUUGAAUUCUACUACAUACAAGAGUUUAACUCCGAAGAAGAUGAGGUUUUCGAAGAAUUCUGUUCAGAUUACAAUGUGGAAAAGUGUGGGAUUUGUUUGUUGUAUGCCCAAGAUGCUGAGAUUAUUAAGCAAAGAAUUUGUAGCUCAAGUGGUUAGGAACAUUUAUCUAACUUUAGAAUCUGCUCGUGUAAGAUAA